AUGAACUGUGCCCCUAAUGCAUCACAUUCUCCAAUCUUCUUGCUCCUUGGGUUCUCCAGGGCUGGUUUGCCUCACAGUUUCCUCUUUCUAUUGUUCCUAUUUAUUUACCUGACUACCAUAUUGGGGAAUGUGACUUUGGUACUGCUCAUCUCCUGGGACUCAAGGCUCCACUCACCUAUGUAUUAUCUCCUGCGUGGCCUCUCGAUGAUAGACUUGGGACUAUCCACAGUCACCCUACCACAGCUGUUGGUUCAUCUGGCAUCUGAUUCUCCAGCCAUUCCUGCUGCCCGCUGUUUGACUCAGUUUUUUUUCUUUUAUGCAUUUGGAGUCACAGAUACCCUUGUCAUUGCCGUCAUGGCUCUGGAUCGAUAUGUGGCCAUCUGUGACCCUUUGCACUAUGCUUUGGUGAUGAGCAGACAAAUCUGUGCCCGCUUACUGGCCUUGAGCUGGGCGGUAUCCAUAGUACACACCAUGCUGCAUGUGGGACUCAUUCUGCCACUUUGUUGGGCUGGAGAUGCUGGGGGCAAUGUUAAACUUCCUCACUUCUUUUGUGAUCACCGACCACUCCUGCGAGCCUCUUGCUCUGACACACAUUCCAAUGAACUGGCUAUAUUCUUGGAGGGUGGGUUUCUCAUGCUGGGCCCUUGUUCCCUUAUUGUACUUUCCUAUGCGAGAAUUGGGGCCACGAUCUUACGAUUGCCUUCAGCAGCUGGUCGCCGCAGAGCAGUCUCUACCUGUGGAUCCCACCUCACCAUGGUUGGCUUCCUCUAUGGCACAAUCAUUUGGGUCUACUUCCAGCCUCCCUCACAAAACUCCCGGAAUCAAGACAUGGUGGCUUCAGUAAUGUACACUGCCAUUACCCCAUUGGCUAACCCAUUUGUUUAUAGUCUCCGUAAUAAGGAUGUGAAAGGUGCCCUCCACAGACUACUGAGAAAGGGGAGAGUGGAGUCGUGA